AUGCUGCUGCCCACCGGCUUCCAGACGCAUUCUCGUUCUGAGCUGGUCAUUGUGCAGGAAGCCGACUGGACAGAGCUUGCGGAGUACUUCAACGAGAAAGCGCCCGAGAACGUGAAAAAAACUGUGAAGACACAGGCAGGGGCUUUUGGUCGCUCCAAACGAGUCGUGCUCUGUCUGCGUGUGGCAUCAACUGAGACCCUGGGCGUGAAGAUCCAGCAGGACCGUCGGGAGCAACCGUUCAAGAGUGAAGAUGACCGGGGCAUCGAAGGCGUCAUUGUUCUGCCCAAUUCAAGCAAGCGGAAAGUUGUGGUGGGCACCCGGAUGUCCGUCGAUAAAACUCGACAAUCCGAGCAUGAAAGCGGCGGUGCAAUGGAGCAAGCCUUCCAGAACGAGUCAGCCUCUGUGAUGCCUGAGAUGAACAACCAGGCCGACAUUGACCAGGCUCUGGCCCAGCCAGGAGUGGACGAAUCUGCACAGCAGCAGGAGGUGGAACCCGUGCCAAGUGAUGCGGAGUCCGAUGGGGCAACCUUCGGAUUGAAGAGAUCUGGGGGCGGCUCCGGCAGCUCACCGCGCAAGAGGGUCAGGGCUAAAGCUAAGCCAGGCGCCCGAUCCAAGAGUGCCGCUCCUUCAGAUCGAGAGGCCCCUCCUGUGAAGAAGGAGAAGCAGGUGUCCGCUGAAAAGGUCCAGAGGACAUUGGAUGCGGCCAAGGCCGCCUUGCGGGCCUUGAAGUCCAUGACACCAGUUCUCUACUGGUCUGGCGGUGCGAAGGAGAAAGACUUACAGACAAAGGUCGGUAAGGCUCUAGCCAGCUGCACGGCACUGGAGAGCCUUGAGACAAACAAGGAUGCCGAAAGCUUGCGCGAAGAGUUGCAGGCACUUGUUGAGACGACCAACAGCUGGUCAGAAAUCCUGGACAAGUUCAGGCUGUCUGAUCCUUUGAUGGUGUUGCAAAUCCAGACAGAAGAUGUUGCUCAGCUUGCAAAGCAGAUCCCCGUGGAUGCCGUGGCUGCUGUUGUGACAGAGAUUGCUAGAAAGCUUGUCGAGGCCCAAAGCCACAACGCCACCAUGGCCACCAAAGCUUUCUUCCGAUUCAUUGCCCUCGCCAAUUUGGACCAGCCCGGCCUAAGCCUUUUUGCCAUCCACACGACGGAAGGCAAGAACAGUGGCCUGGAUGAGAAAUGCUUGCUGAGGAUUCAAGGCAACAUGUUCAACAUUUGGCUGAACAGCACCAAGACGACCGCCGAGACUGCGGCUGUGUUGCAGAGCAUUCCUUCAGAACUUUGGCUGCCGAACCUGGCUAAGGCUUCUGGGGACACCCCCUCCACGGAAACUUUGGCCAUUGACGGUGACAGUGCCAACUGCUCUGGGCUAGUUCCUCGACUGUUGGUGGAUCUUCAGAAGUUCAUCGCGUGCGGAAAGGUGUCCAUGGAUGACCAGAGCAUGCCCGAUCAAGGGCUUUUGGCAGACCCAUCCAAAGUCAACGAGCUCAAGAUGGUGGUGACUCUUCCUGCCUCUCCUCGGGUGAACCUGUUGUUUCGUGCCCCAGGUGCAAUCAGGACCAUGUGGCAGCGAGUCUUGGAUAUUUCCAAGCGAGUCAUAGAGGAGCGCUCGGCACUCCAGCAAGCGGCCCACAUCGCUGAGAGUUUGGAGGAUCUGGUGAAUGUGCUUUCGCAGCCCGAGUCAAAACGGCUGCAGCCGGCAGAGAUUGCCAAGCGAAUCGGAUUGUGCGCCAGGUGCCAUGACUUGCUGGCUGCCUGCAAGGCCUCGCAAGACCCCGCUGCACCGGAGCAUGUGACAAAGUUGGAGGGCUUGCUCAGCGAGUUGGCCAGCCUACUUAACGACUCCUACCAGAAUGCGGGUGCCUUCGAUCAGCUCAUGUUCUGCGUGUGGAAGGCCGGCGACAGCGUGGCUGCAGCCAUGCCCGAUCCAGCUGGCCCGACGGCAGAGCAAGUGUUGAAGGAGCAGAUCAUUGCAGGCCGAGCUCGAGGAGUGGUGCUUCAUUCCGAGGCGGUGCAUAACAAAAUGUUGGCAGAGAUGGCCAGCUGCAUGUGGAACUUUCAGCAAAAGGUCAUGAAAGAGGGAAGCUGUCCGACAUUGGGCAGCGACAGUGCUAUCUUGGAGGCUUGUUGCAGCCUUCACAGGGACCUGAAAGAGCACACCGCCGUGUGCGAGCGGAUGCUGAACUCGGGUGAUAAGACCGUGUGGUUGGGUACCUGUGUUGGUGCAUUGCAGCGCUUGGAGGACCGUUUGCAAGCACACCUGCAGCAAGAGAUCCAGGAGAAAGGAGCGGAGGCGAUCAUGAAAUACAUGAAAGACAUCAAGCUUCCGAAGUGCAUCCAAGGCUACAAGGACGUGUUGCUGCAGGCAAAUUUCCUCCAGAAGCUCGACGGCAGCACCCUCAAACCUGCAACCGAUGAGACUCAGGCAGCAGCUUUUUCCUCAUUGACCAGCGCGGCCAAGCAAAUGGUGCAGAUGAGGAGCUUGGACCAGAAGAUCAUUGAGGUGGUUCUACCGGGCAUGAUUGAGAAAUGCAAGGGCUUCGAGGAGCAGGUUCUGCAGCACAUCAGUGGCAUGGCCAUUGGAGCAGAGGAAAGCUGUUCCGAGCUCACGGAGACACUGGAGAAGUACAGGCUCUUUGGUUUUGGAGUUGCCCGAUCUCAUGUUGGGUUUUCCUUGCAGAGGCCCAUCCUCGAUGCAGUCGAAGUGUGGAGCAUGGACUCCGUUCGGUGGAUGCUGGACGAAGACCCAGCCGUCACGGCCGAUGUCAACUACAUGUUCGAGUUCCGGCACAAAACGGAGGGAGUCCUCUCUUUCAGCCGCGAUAUCACAUGCUUGCUGCAGCAGGCAAAGCGUUCCAGCGAUGAUCAAGCCUUCUUGGAUGAUAUUGUGAAAGUCCAGAAAGCCGUGGAGGAUUCGCGGCGGGAUGCAGCCAUGAUUCUGGCCUGUAUGCUGACAGCUGCCACCGUUGUUCGUGCGAAUGAGGCGGCGUCGGGUGACAACAGCAAGGAGAGCUUGGAUGAAGCUCGCGAAGUGAGCAAGUGUCUGAGCCAGAAGCUUGGGAUGAGCACCAAAGACUUGCCGGGCCCCCUCCAUCAGAAGUUCCAAGCGAUUGGCACGACCAGCAUCAUGGAGGCUAAAGGUUCCGGAGGGACACUUGAAGGAUGGAGAAAGCAAGCCGCCGGAGCAGGCUGCAAAGAGGAAGUUUCGGAUCAAGAUCUACUACCACAGGGAGAUCCUCAGUUGUGCUUUCCACGGGAAGAAGGGCGUGAUCAGGGACCACCGAAGAAGCUCCUUAAAAAGGCUGAAGUUCAAUACACUCCCGACAUAGAGGACAUCCUCAAGAACCUGAAGGAGAAGAAACUUCCGCUCCAAGUGACCCACACAGCGAGCCUUCAAGAUGUUAAGAACAACCUUGAUGAAUGGAAGCCGUCGGCAAUGAAGGAGUUCGAGAACUUAACAAAAGGAAAAAAUGCUUUGGAAGUGACAAAACGUCAUCUACUACCUCCUGGAUGCCGAUUGGUCCCCUGCAAAGGGGUAUACACUGUGAAACCAGACAAAGGAGAUAUGGGUUUCCGGAGAAAAACGAGAUUUGUGGCAUGUGGAAAUCAUGUACCGGAAGGCGAGACCACCUUUGACCUCUUUGCGGCGGGGCUGGAUGCUACUUCACUGAGGACAAUGUUGGCUUUCACUUCCGGAAGAAGUUCAUGGAGAUGGGGGGUCACGGACAUCCGGCAAGCCUUUGUGCUUGCAAAGUGGCUGGGUGGCCCAGUUGUUUUACAGCCCCCUGCGAUUGCCUACCAAAUGGGAUUGGCAGAAGAAGGAGAUGUCUGGCUUGUGAGACAAGCCAUAUACGGCUUGAGGGAGUCACCGGCAAUGUGGAGCCAGUUCAGAGAUUCCCAGCUACGCCUGGCACGGUGGACUGUUGAGAUUGACGGCAACCCGGUUGUGAUGAAGCUGGAACAACUCAUAACAGAUAACCAAGUUUGGCGUAUCGUUCGGGAAGAUGGUUUGGGAGAUCCUCAAGGAUAUCUGUUGGUGUACAUCGACGAUAUGUUGGUAAACGCAGAGGAGAAAACUAUGUGGGGAUUUUUCAACUGGUUGUCGGCCAAGUGGGAGGUUGAUGAGCUGGACGUCAUGGACUAUGACCACCCGAUCAAGUUCUUGGGAACAGAACUACACCGAGUACCUGGAGGGGUGGAAAUGGGUCAAGAAGGCUUCGUCAAGGAGCUCCUGAGAAGCUACCACCACAAUGGGAACAAGUCCAAAGUCCAAGGACCCAAAGAAACUUUGAUAUUGUCCGACGAAGAGGAAAGGGCUUUGAUAGAUGCACAGCCACAUGACCUCACCGGCAAGGAGGAGAUCAUCAAGGAGGCGCAGAAACGUGUAGGUGAGUUGCUAUGGCUCAUGGGUCGUUCAAGACCGGACCUCCAACAUACAGUUUCGAUCAUGUCUGCGAGGAUUACCAGGUGUCCUGAAUUGGUCAAUAAAAUUGGCGAAAGACUCUUGGACUACCUGAGCGAAACUGUGAGCUACCGCUUGAGCUUCAUCCACCACGAGGGCAAGGAGUUUGAUUUGGAUAUUUUUACGGAUAGUUCAUUUGCUCCAAGCGGGGGAAGGUCUCAUGGAUCAUGCGCCGUCUUCUACAACGAUUGUGCAGUAGCCUGGAGAUCGGCAAGACAGCAGUUAUGUACAUUGUCAACGGCAGAGUCGGAACUACUGGAGGCCGUCGAAGGUGUUGUUCUGGGACGCGCAACCAAAGGUUUACUAGACGAACUUACAGGACGAGACCUGCGCAUGAACUUGCUGGUCGACAAUGCCGCGGCAGUAACACUGCUGGCUUCGUUAUCGGGUUCUUGGCGGACUCGACACUUACGCCUACGCUCAAACUGGCUACGGGAACUCAUUCAGAACAAGGCAGUGAACCUCCGUCACCAACCAGGUGAAGGACAGCGGGCUGAUAUUGGGACGAAACCGUUCUCAAAGGUGAGGUUGGAACAGCUGGUGAAGCUGUGGGGAAUUGUUGAUCGGCGAGCUGCUACCACGACGACGGCGAGAUCAGCGAGGGUUAAUCCUACCUGGUUGACAACAAUGCUGAUGCUUUGUCAGGUGUGUGGUUCCCUGGGGCAAAAGGAAGAUCUACAAACAGAAGUUCCUUGGGACCUCUAUGUCAUCAUUCUGAUCCUCGCAGUCGCGGUCAUUGGGCUUUGGGAAGGAGGGAAGAGUUGCUUGAAGUCAAGAGGACCGCAAGUACGAGCCCUACGUGCCAAAGCAGAUACAGCUACUGCAACCCGUGGGAAGCUUACGAGGAACGAGCUUAAAGAGCUUCAAAGAAUGCUGAUGGUAGAGCCAAGUGAUUUGAGUGAUGAACAAAAGAUUCGUUUGGUGGAACUUCAAGACAAGUUCAACGAGACUAUGCCAGAGGGAACCUCACCCGUACCGAGAUACCCCGCAGAGCUGUUCCAAGGAUUUGCGGAAUCCUCUUCUUCAUCUACGGCAACUUCAUCAAGGACUCCCGCGCCGUCAAGUUACAACAAGCAGCCCAAGGGCAAGGAGAUGAAAAGUGUCGAAACCCAGACCGACCAUGUUCCAGCUUUCACGAGAGUUGAACCACCACCACCGCCAAUGAUCCGCACCUACGCAGGCCCUUUUUAUCAAGUACCCGGAGGAGAUAAGUUUCAUGUUUUCCCCAACUGUUGGGGACUGCGGCAUGCAUCGCGGACCAACUCAAUCGAAGUCUGUAGAUGCUGUGCUGAGAAUGGUGGUAAAAGGAUCUAUUGA